AUUAGAGACAAAUUGGCCAGGACAGUCACCUGCAUUGGAAAACUCACCAACUUCACACCUCGUUCUAAUUUUAACUUGCCACCUAAUUCUUCUCAGUCGAAUUUUGUGGCUGUGAUGGUGAGUGGGGCGUUUGCGAAAAAUGAUUACCAUUUGAGAGAGGAUGAUGACGAUUUUGUUGAUCAGGCCAAUGUUAUGGCUGGGCUAGACCAUGCAAAUGUUCUCAAAUUGCUUGGCGUUAGUUUCAAACUCAAGCCAAUGUUCAUAGUUACUGAGUUGUUUUCUUGUAGAAAUUUGAAAGAGGCCUUGUGGAAUAAUGAUGUUGAUCAGAAUGUUUGCAAUCUCUUUUCUAUCUGUUUUCAGAUAACUUCAGCAAUGGCCUACUUGGAAUCACAAAAAUUCAUCAUCAUCCGAAAUCUCUCCGCCAAAAGUUUUGUGAUCAGCAACAAAGCAACCGUCAAACUGAUCAACUUCACAAAAGCAAGAAAAGUAGUAGACGACAGUUACGUAGGUGACACAUCAGAAUCAGUCAACGUCAAGAGAAGCAGUCUGGAAGUUCUAGACGGCUGUAACUAUUCCUCAAAAUCAGACGUCUGGUCAGCUGGUGUGGUCAUGUGGGAAGUUUUCAGUGAGGGCGAAAAGCCCUACAUCGGUUUGUCGCCAGAGUUGAUAAUUCGUUUUGUAUUUCAAGGGGGUCGUUUGAGCAAGCCAGCUCUUUGUCCGUCAGAUUUGUUUGAUGUCAUUCAUAAAUGUUGGCUGCCACAACCGAAAAAUAGACCGUCCUUCCAGCAGUUAAAAUUGAAAUUGGCGGGAAAAUCCAGUGUCUAUUUAUAUCCUCCCCAACCCUUUGAAAAACCAAGUUUUAGCCCGGAUUGUCCGUCAUUCAAGUCUCCGCCCAUAGGCUCUCGAGGCAAAUCCGUUGAUAGAUUAGGAUUAGUGAAUACUCGAGUUAAUGUGAGCGUCAUUAUUAUUUUGGACGCCAUUUUGUUUUUUGGUUUUAUUAAAUGA